CCUCUUUUUCUCUCCCCCCCUCCUCUCUCCGUCCAUUACAAUGUUUCCCGUUCCCUCUCUCUCUCCCCACAUCGCAGUUUCUCCUCUCUCCGCAAUGACACUCCCGCACCUGCUCCUCCGUACUGCCCUCCAGAUCAGCAUGGCCUCAGACACCGAUUCAUCCCGCGUCCUACCCCGGGAAUAAUGCCCAUUUAUCCCGGAGUCUGCGGGAGUAACGGCCGGUGGAUAGGUUUGCGAUUUAGUCUGUUUAAAAGCUCUUUAAAGCUCGUGGUCAGAAGGCGUGUGAAAUGGGAUUACCUAUUGUUUUUAGGGGUUUGUUUAAUCGCCCUUACGUUCGAGGUAUAUGAGGCACCUGCACUUUUUUGGGAAGAAGACUGUUAACCGCGAAUGUUCCCGACUGGACGCGGACGUGACAAUGUCUUCAGUAAAACCAUAAACGGGAUGACUUUGGAGAUUUAUUACAGUUUAUUGGAAAUGAAAAGAAACAUGUUUACAACUCGGUAUUGUACGUUAUUUAAACAAGCUGAGGAGUGAGCGAAGUGUCGUAGCAUGUUGUUGGGAUGAUAGGAUGUGAUGGAGUAAUUGAAUGAGUGCACGGCUCGGAUGUUUACUGUAGCCACUCAACUUCAGAAAGAUGAAAUCGCGCUUCUACAGUCGGUUUUUCAUCCUCCUGCCCUGGGUCCUCAUCGUCAUCAUCAUGAUCGAUAUAGACACAAAGAGGACGUCGGUCCGAAGUCCAGCCCUGGGCCGCGCCGGAGGCACGCAGCGACACGACAGGAACAACCCACCACGGGCCAACCUUUCCGCUCUCCCGGUAAUCUAUGCUAUCACCCCGACCUACAACCGGCCAGUCCAGAAAGCUGAACUUACCCGACUCGGUAACACCUUCCGCCAGGUUCCUCGAUUCCACUGGAUCAUAGUAGAGGACUCUAACAUGCGCACGGAGCUGGUGGCACGCUUUCUUGCCCGCUCGGGGAUGCCCUACACACACCUGAAUAUUUUUACGCCCCGUCGAUUCAAAAGGACCGGGAUGCCCCGUGCUACUGAGCAGAGGAAUACGGCUCUGUCGUGGUUGCGGUCGCAUCGCUCGCGGAAGGACGUGGGGGUAGUAUUUUUUGCAGACGAUGACAACACUUACAGUCUGGAACUGUUUGAAGAGAUGCGUUCAACACGGGGUGUGUCAGUCUGGCCUGUCGGGCUUGUCAGUGGGCGCCAGUACGAGCGUCCCGUUGUGGAGAAAGGCAAAGUGGUGGGUUGGUACACUGGCUGGAGGCCUGACCGCCCAUUCGCCAUUGACAUGGCAGGUUUUGCAGUGAACCUCCAGGUGGUCCUAGGUAGCCCGCGGGCAGUGUUUAAGCGCAGAGGUUCACAGCCUGGCAUGCAGGAGUCUGACUUUCUGAAGCAGAUCACUAAGGUGGGAGACCUGGAGCCCAAAGCCAACAACUGCACUAGGGUGUUGGUGUGGCACACUCGUACAGAGAAGGUGAAUCUGGGGAACGAGCCUAAACACCGACAGGAUAGUGUGGUCAUCGAGGUCUAGGGGGCGUGACGAUGAAGGACAAUCAACAAGCCCAUUGGUCACAGACUGAUAGUCAUUUUGGAACUGAAGUUUCAGCGCGUUGAUAUGGAUUAAGAGACAAUGGACUGGACCAAUUGCAUGGAUGGAAACUGCUGCCUGAAUGUUGUCAUUGGUGGAUUUAUGUGCACAGCAAAUGAAGCCGAGACAUGCCCAACUUCCCUCAUUUCUGUUCGGAUUUGGGGCAGCUCUGUUCUGCUAAUUGCUCCUGCUCUGUGAAUGGGGUGUCCCAGAAACAGUAGGAAAAGGAGACACCUCAGUGGAAACAGUCAUCUGUAGCAGGAGUGUAGAGAAUGUAAGCAGAGCAGAGCAGACCUCUCUCGUUAGCAUGCUAGAGAUUGAGGGGAAGCAUAUUGACCAUCUGUUUAAUGGUUAACGGCCUGAGUAAAGGGCUGCGUUUCAAAAUGCGUACUUGCGUCCACUGUUCUCCCGUUCUUUCAAGUGUGCUCUUCUGAGAAACUCCCUAAAAGCAUACGGUAUAGUAUGUGAGAAUGCAGCGUGCAUAAGAAGCGUUACAUUUGAAACGUACUAUGUUUAUGUGAUUUCCUCAUGACGAAGCCGACUUGGCAAAAUCUCUUUUCGCUGCAAAAGAGCUUUCCGUUUUGCUCUUGCCAAGUGGAGAAGGAUUUUUAUUAAUUACGUUGACAUAGUAGAUAAAUUUGCUAAAUGUAAGAGAACUUUAAUUACAAUAAAUACGUUGACUAACAUUAAUGAUGUUAACUAUAUUACUAACAUUAAUCAAUGUUAUUUUGAAUACAAAAUGAUAAUGCAUAUAAACAACGCUACAAUUGAUGCUCGCAAUAUCAACAAUGAUGAAUGACAACUGAGCAACAGAUAGUUUUCUUCAGUUGUAGUCCCCAGUACGACAACUAAAGUUGCAAUGAACACUGGGAAUGAAGUACGUGAAAAAUUAUGCUCAAAUUCAUUGCACACAUACUGAAUUACUGCAGAAAUGGGCUUGUGAAACUGGAAGUAGUUUAAUGGCAGCGCCCAUGAAUCGGCGUUUACGACAGUGAGCAAUUUACAUUGAAAAUAACGUGCCACCAUCAUGGACCACGCCCGCUUUGCGCCGAUGCAUGCUUCGUUUUCCAGACCUCCCAUGUACGCCAAUAUCACUUCCAAUAAACUUAAUACAUUUCACAUUCGAAAGUUUGAAUUCGCACGCAAAAUUACUGCUGACCUCGAGGUCCUUACGUGAUAAACGCUCCAGAAAUAACAAGUAACACAAAUAUGCAUUUUGAAACACAGAAAAGUACUGUCCAUUUUUGUCCAUUUGUUCCUCAAGGGGAAAUCAUUUCCUGACCUGUGCUUACCCAGAGGACUUUGUGGUCAUACUGCAAUAUGAGGCCCACUCCCUCAUUAAAUAGGUUUUUCGACUGAAAUGUGUGGACAAAACAAGAACAUCUUUCCGUAAGUGUUUGCGUGUAUGUGUCUGAUUGUGGGGUAUGUAAGAUCAGAUAAUAUGAAACAAGGUUUGUGUAUGUUUAUGUAUCAACAAGAUGACAAACUAGAUAAUUGACCUUAGUUAGCAACCUGGUCUGCACAGCCAACACAAAUGUGGAUCUCCUGGUCUUCCAGUGUUUGUGCCACACAUGGAAUAAAGACAAACUCCUGUAGAACAACUUUUAUUCCAAAUGACCCACUCGUAAAAGUAGGAAACAAAAAAAAUAAGGAAAAAAAUGAAAAACAACAACUUUACAAUAAAAGAGUCAUUGGACAAAAACGUCUAUUCACUGUAAAAUGCACGAAAAAAAUAUCCGUUUUCUCUGUACUAGGCACCAGAAAAUGUAAACACCAUUAGAAAUAAACCUGGAUGACACGUU